UUACCACCCACUCCCUGCUUCCUAUGCUAAUUAAGAAAAAUCAAUUAAGCAUGCGCAGUUUCUUCCUUGAAAUGAGUCAGUGGUCUCGUUAUGGAGAGUGGUCAUACAAGGGAGGAAAGGAUAUGGCUCUUCCUCAUUCUGACCUUUCUACCUCUUCAAUACAAAGUGGCAAAUGAACCCCUGGCCAUGCUCCUAGUUUCAUGUUUCCAAGUGGUUUCUGAUUUGCAAUUGUCUUACGUCCUUGAAGUUCCUUACAAGAUUUCACGUUUCCCAUUAAAAGCCCAGCUGAACAAACAUAAGAUUGACAGACAAUUAGUUAUUGGCUAAUGAUUAGCUCCUAAAUCCAGUAGCGCCUCCCUAUUAAAUUUAACAAGGAUUAGGUUUUUUUAUUAGAUUUAACAAAAAUUAAUUUUAAUUAACGCCUUAGCUUUUCUAGUAUCUCACAUUCUUCAAAGUACAUGUUUCAGUGUGAAUGGCAAAAAGAAUUUGCUUGUCAAUAGAUGAUUAUGUCCCACUCCAGAAUGAACAAAAUCUGCCGUUACUUGGAAGAAAGUAGACAUGGAGCAAUGCAGUAUUUGGGUUUUAUCCAGUGAUAAAUGGGGCAAGAAGCUGUAACAGCUUAGCUGUUUGACAGAACACAAGUACUGAUAGAGCCAAUAGUGCACCCAGUUUGAAGGCAUCUUCAGGACAUUCCUUUAUUGCUUAACAAGGAAUGGGCAGCAAAAUGCUGGCAUUUCUCUGAACUGGAAGCCAUGUUCCUCUCCUGUUUCUCCUUGAGCACACUGCUCUUUGCAGACUUCACUGGCCAGCCCAUCAAUCCUCUCUUGGCCAAUAGCUAAAUGGCACAACUACCAAAACACAGGUGCCAGCAUCAUCACCCCAGCGUUAUUCCAGCACUGCUUUGCACAGGAACACAGAACGGCUUGGCUUGCAAGGGACAUUUAAAGGCCAUCUAGUCCAAUGCCCUGCAGUGAGCAGGGACACCUUUAGAUCAGGUUGCUGAGUGCAUGACCUUGAAUGUAAGCAGGGAUGGAUGCCCACCUCUCUGAGCAACCUGUGCCAGGCUUUUAAAACCCACAGUGUAAAAAAUGGCUUUCUUAUGCCUAGGCUGAAUCUACCAUCAUUUAGAUUAAAAACAUUCCUCCUCAGUCUUGUCACAACAGGCCCUACUAAAAAAUCUGUCCCGUCUUUUUUACAAGCUUUCUUAAGGUUCUGAAAGGUAGCAGUCAGGUCUCUGUGGAGCCUUCUCUCUUCCAGGCUGAACACCCCCAGCUAUCCCAGCCUGUCUCCAAAGCAGAGGGGCUCCAGCCCUCAGAGCAUUUUGUCCCUCCUCUGGAUUAGCUCCAACAUGACCAUGUCCUUCCUGUGCUGGGUGCCCAGAGGUGGAUGCAGUACUCCAGGAGGGCUCGCAGCAGAGCAGAAGGGUGAUGGAAUCUCGUCCUUCAAGCUGCUGGGCACCCUUCUGUGAAGGCACAUGGCUGGCUCAUGCCCAGCCUCUCAUCUAGCAGCAGCCACAAGUCCUUCUCAGCAGGGCUGCUCUCCAUCCCUUCAUCCCCAGCCUGUGAGAUCAGAUGGGCUGGAACCCUGUCAUAGCCCUUGGACAGAGCUGCUGAGCAGGAUGAGCUGCCUCCUGAAGGAGGCAGAUCCUACUCCCCACACAAUUCCACAGUGGCCAUGAAGUCACAGCAGGCACUGGGGUCACAGCAGGCUGAGGUCACAACAGGCUCUGAGGUCACAGAGGUCCCAGAGCCCUGUUCUUGCACAACACCACAAGGACGGAGCAGUCAGUCCUUGACUACGACUGUUGCAGCAGCAGCGGCGACGGCAGCAGCGGCAGCAGCAGUGGUGCUGACAUUUGAACAGCGGUGUCAGGACAGUGGUGGCAGCAAGAGCUGCAGGACUGGCAGAGGGCAAGGCAUCAUGGCCCUUGCUCUGCGCUUCUUCCUCCUGCUCCUCCUGGCAGCGGCCCUGCCUGACAGGGCUGCCCAGGCUGCUCCACAGCGAGCAUGGCGAGCAGGUCCUCCUACAUGGACGAACCAAAACAUAGAAGACGAGAAAUCCCUGGAGGCAUCCCGACUUCUGGACAAGAUGUUGAGUGAUCUGGAGACACGCCGUGAGAUGAAGAAAAUGGCUUUGCUGAAGGCAGUGUUUCCCGAAGGAAACAGUGGCACGUGGGCAGCCUCUGCAGAAGGAAGGGAGGCCAUACCAGGCACAGUCCCAGGAGAUGAGGGUGCUGAGACAGCUUCUCCAGCAGCUGGGAUGGAAGAUGGUUUGGAACCAUUAGGAGGUUCUGCAGGUAAGUUUUCAACUUCUGCUCAGAGCAUAAUCAUUGACAACCUGCCAAGAAACAGGUGACAGAUGCUUCUGUGGCUGUUGAGUUACAGGUGUGUCUGCAGAGAGGACUUUUCCAGCUACUUUCCUGACGCCUGAACGCAAGCUCGGCUCCCAUCGCAGGGGUGAGUAGUGUGUCCCUGCUGACCCCACAGGCUGAGCCCUGGUUUGUGGGACACGUUCAUCUGAAAUGGAAAUACUUUCUGUUAAGGUCCUCCUAGAGGGAGGAACAAACCUACAGAAGAUAUCAAGUCCCUGGAGACAUCGAAACACAUGGAUGUGAUGCUGAGUGAUCUGGACAGACGCCGUGAGAUGGACCAAAAGUCUUUGCAGAAGGCAGAAAUUCCUGGAGAAUGCCAGGGCUUCAUGCCAGUUGCCUCUACACAAAGGGAGGAGAUACCAGACAGUGCUACAGAAGGUAUACUGCUGUGCCAGGCUCAGCCAGGCUGA